UUCCACACGGAAGAACUGGAAAUGGAACCGACAGUAUGGAAUGAAAGCGACAUUGGAAUCGUCAGCAGAGGAGAAAAAUGCAAGAAAAUGCAAAUCAGAGCUGUUAAAAUAAUCCAUCACAGUAUAUCGAUAAGUCGAUGCGAACAAUUGGGAAAUAUCUGUUCCAAAUAUGAUGUGGAUGAAAUACACAUCUUCCGAGCCCGACUCGAAGCUCAACAUUUGCAAGUUUUCCUUGAAUAUGUGGAAGACGGAAAAUUUAAUUCGUUGAGUAUUGGUGACAACUACGAAUUAGGAGACGAAGGUUUUGCUUUAGUUGGAGCUGUUGUUGUUAGAUGUGAAGUUCGAAAGCUUCGCAUGAGGGAAUGCGAUUUGAAAACCAGUGAAGUUAAAGCUUUUAGAGAAAACGUCAGUGAUGCGACAUUGGACAGUCUCGAUGUGAGUUAUAAUGAUAACUUGAAUCCUUCAGUCUAUUCUGAGAUUGGCGUACUUGUAACACAGUGCCAACUUAAAAAUCUUGCUAUAAAAGAUUGCUACCUGGAACCAAAGGGGAUAAAAGCACUAAAAGACAAUCUCGGCGAUAACGUAGAGCUUCAAACACUGGAUUUUAGUGAAAAUAAAGCCGACAAAAUUGGCAAGGAAGGAUUGUCAAUGAUUGAAGAAAUCGUUCGCAAGUGUAAAGUUGAAAGUCUAUUGAUGAAAGAUUGCAAAUUCGAUGAAGAUCAGUUAGAUACUUUCAAGGAAAUGAUUGGCGACAUCGAAUUUCAUCAUUAAUAUUUCUAAAAGACCUAAAAUUCUGUACUCUUGACCAAAUCUUUGUUAUUUUGUAGUAUAUAUUGUGUUUUACUUUUCAGUAUUAAUAUUGACUAAAAAUGUGAACACGAAAACA